GGCUUCCCCGAGCUCCGCACCAGCCCUGGGGAGUUUUUCAGCACCCGCCGCGCGUUUGCACGCCGUCACCCCGGGAAGACCCCCGCGGCGCCCCGUCAUCGCCGACCUCUCCUCCCCAAACCCCUCCCUCGGGCAAGCUGAGGAGGAGAGGCGGGAAGCAUGCGGGACUACGACGAGACGACCGCCUUUCUGGGCGAGUGGGGGCCCUUCCAGCGCCUCAUCUUCUUCCUGCUCAGCGCCAGCAUCAUCCCCAAUGGCUUCAACGGUAUGUCAGUCGUGUUCCUGGCGGGGACCCCGGAGCACCGUUGCCUGAUCCCUGACACGGUGAACCUGACCAGCGCGUGGCGCAACCACAGUAUCCCGUUGGAGACGAAGGAUGGGCGGCAGGUGCCUCAGAGCUGCCGCCGCUAUCGACUGGACACCAUCGCCAACUUCUCUGCCCUCGGGCUGGAGCCGGGAGUGGACGUGAACCUGACGGAGCUGGAGAAGGAGAGCUGUCUGGAUGGCUGGGAGUACAGCAAGGACGUCUUUCUGGCCACCAUCGUGACCGAGUGGAAUCUGGUGUGUGAGGAUGACUGGAAGACACCCCUCACCACCUCCCUGUUCUUCGUAGGCGUUCUCUGUGGCUCCUUCGUGUCUGGGCAGCUGUCAGACAGGUUUGGCAGGAAGAAAGUCCUCUUUGCGACCAUGGCUGUGCAGACUGGAUUCAGCUUCGUGCAGAUCUUCUCCACCAGCUGGGCGAUGUUCACCGCGUUAUUUGCCAUCGUGGGCAUGGGUCAGAUCUCCAACUAUGUGGUGGCCUUCAUACUAGGCACUGAAAUUCUGAGCAAGUCGGUUCGCAUUAUCUUCUCCACGUUAGGAGUCUGUACAUUUUUUGCAAUCGGCUACAUGGUCCUGCCGCUGUUUGCGUACUUCAUCCGAGACUGGAGGAUGCUGCUGCUGGCCCUGACGCUGCCUGGGGUGCUGUGUGUCCCCCUGUGGUGGUUUAUUCCAGAAUCUCCCCGGUGGCUGAUUUCCCAGAGGAGAUUCGAUGAGGCAGAGCACAUCAUCCAGAAAGCUGCAAAGAUGAACAGCAUUGUGGCGCCAGCAGUGAUAUUCGAUCCUCGGGAGCUGCAGGAGCUGAACUCCUUGAAGCAACAGAAGGUCUUCAUUCUGGACCUGUUCAAGACUUGGAACAUUGCCACGAUAACGGUGAUGUCUGUGACGCUGUGGAUGCUAACUUCAGUGGGUUACUUUGCUCUGUCUCUCAAUGUUCCUAACUUACAUGGAGAUGUCUACCUGAACUGCUUCCUCUCUGGCCUGAUUGAAGUUCCAGCUUAUUUCACAGCCUGGCUGCUCCUUCGAACCCUGCCUCGGAGAUAUAUCAUAGCCGGGGUGCUGCUCUGGGGAGGAGGUGUGCUUCUCUUGAUCCAAGUUGUGCCUGAAGAUUAUAGCUUCGUGUCCAUUGGCCUGGUGAUGCUGGGAAAAUUUGGGGUCACCUCUGCCUUCUCCAUGCUGUACGUCUUCACCGCAGAGCUCUACCCAACCCUGGUCAGGAACAUGGCCGUGGGCAUCGCCUCCAUGGCCUCUCGGGUGGGCAGCAUCAUUGCUCCCUACUUCGCUUACCUGGGUGCUUAUAACAGACUCCUGCCCUACAUCCUCAUGGGCAGUCUCACUGUCCUGAUUGGAAUCAUCACGCUUUUUUUCCCUGAAAGUUUUGGAGUGACUCUACCAGAGAACUUGGAGCAGAUGCAGAAAGUGAGAGGGUUCAGAUGUGGGAAAAAAUCAACAGUCUCAAAGAACAAAGAAGAAAACCACAAGGUUCUAAUAACUGCGUUCUAAGAAGGUUUCCAAGGCACUUGGCAAAGAACAGAUGUGUAAGAUGAGUGGGGUGUGUUUGGGCACACCUGUAAUCCCAGGAGGAUCAGGAAUUCAAGGUCGUCCUUGGCUACAUGAGGAGUGUGAGACCAGUCUGGAUUACCAGCAGCCCUGCUCAACAAGACAAAACGAAAUUAAAGCCUUUUCUGCUGAAAGGGACUAAUAGAAACUAGGACUGGAACAGAAAUACACCCUCUCUCAUGAACUCUGGCCGCUCUUCCAGGUGAUCUUCUUGUUUUAAGAACAAACAUUUCUAAACAGUCUUGACCACUAAACUCUUCAAUGAAAUAGGUUUGUAAGAUUUUUUUUCAACGUGUUAGUCAAGGGUUGGCAAAAUCCAUAUGAAGAUUAACACACAUUGCCAAACAUAUAAAUGUUAUCCAAAUAAAAUUCAUUGUGUUAUCACAA